GAGGGAGAGAGAGAGAGAUGCCGAGAUGGAUUGAUAGACAAAUGCAGAGAGGGCGGAACUUGGAAUUACAGUACAGCGUUUAUUCCUCACGUAUUUUGCCAUCUUGUGAUGAUGAUGUUGAUCGCAGGUGCUGGACAUGGGUAAACCGAGGUAAGGGGAAGCCUUUUUAUAACUUCUCAACGUUAUUGUGAAAAAUCGGUUGCAGAUAUUGAUCCCCGAAUAGACUCUGUGGGUCCCGUGUCGCUGCUCCAAACGUGCAGGGAGGAAAGCUCACUAUUAUUCGAGCCCACCUUUCAAAAACAACAACUUACCGAUUCCUGACGAGCAGCUCCGCGUCCCCGGGUGUCGGAACAGCAACCGUCUGCAGAGAAACGGCCUCCCUGAAAUUAGGACUCAGCUUGUUUACGACCAGCUUCUUCAUGCUGCUCGGUAUGGAGGAUCCUUUGAAAUCCAUGAAGUGCGCUGAGUAGGACAGAUCUAUGAUUGUGCGCCGCGCAGCCGGAUCAACUCCUGAAAGUGUGUCGGUGCCUCUGCGCCCCCCGCCGAUCACUGAUAUCGCUCUCCUGCCGUUUCUCACCAAUAGCAGGCUGCUCAUGGCUCCGAAAUGUGACAAAGUUCACGGGCAACUUGACGAAGGUUUGUGGUGGUGGUGAGAAGCCCGCACAGCCUUUAGCUUGCUCACAGCGCUCAGGGCCAGGCCGGGCCGGGCAGAGCAGAGCCGGGCUAAACGCGCCUUUAAACCAACAGUACACCCAUGGUGCUGUUUAGCAGAACGCUAGGUUACUUACGCGAACAUUACAGAAUUAGAAUGGAUUAUUUCGGAUUAAAACGCUGCACUGUUGUGGUGCAGUCCUGUGAGUAGCACAACGGCGCCCCAGACUUGUCGUCGGAGUCCCUCCCCUUCCCGGACACAGCGCUCACUUCCUUGUAAGGUGAAACAAAUCAAUCCUCAUCUCCCAGCGUCUCCUUCUCAACCCCUGUCCUCCCACGAACACAGCACCCACCAAAGCAUCCAAAACAUCCAAACUACAGUCAGCACGUGUUGUUUUAUUUCGCUCUCGUUGAAUUGGCGUUUUAUUUUGGAGGGCUGCAGCACGAGCCGCCGUGUCCACAUGUACACCUGUAACUACAGCGUGCACAGCGAGCUGAGGAACAUUUCUUUCUGCAUGUUUCACAGAGCAGCCUUAUCACUAACUGGCACAUGUCUGUCAUUUAUUAGAGACAUCUAUCAUAAGGCAUGUAAGAAUGCUAAAUGCUGCAAAUUGGAUCCUUGCACCCUCGUCCCACACCCAGUGGGAGCCGAACCUCCACUCCACCUCGUGCUCUGUCAGAGCCACGCUGUAAGAAGCUAAAUCUGACAUCUGAGUUGUAACAAGCUAAUACUUGAUCAGUACUUGUUUUGUUGUGAGAUACGUGUUCAUGUAAGUUUGGUUUUAGUUGUUGUCCAUUUAAGUUCCAUAAGGAUUCUUUCUUUUGUCGGAGGUUUGGGAUUUUUUUUUUAAAGCAAGGAGAGAAGGAGAGAAGGAGAGAGAGAGGGAGAGAGGGAGAGAGAGGGGGGAAAACAAGACAAUUAAAAAGAUUGACAGGUAGGCUCCUCUGUCAGGGGUGACGCUUGUGGAGAGGGGAGGAGUAAAAAUGUAGCAGGAAAAGCCACUCGAUGCGUCUGUCUAUCAGUUGAGACUGUCUGAAACAGCUUCUGGAUCCACCGCGUUUCCAUUUUUUUCUUUUUUGGGAGCCCUCGGAUCAGUCCCUGGAGUUUUCCUCUCUCUUUUAGCCCCUUUAAAGAGACUAAUAUUUGAAUCCACGUCGACCUGAUCUGUUGUUAGCGAAGCUUGGAUGCGCCUGCGUCUUGUUUGUUCCCCCCUCUCUCUCAAGUGAUAUCCUCUCCACCGCAUCAACCACCCUCCAAAAAAAACCCGACUCCGUCCAAGAUGCGAUGAGAUGAGCGGUGGAAAUUAUUUCCACGACUCUUAAAACGUCUCUGGCAAGCAAAGAGAAGGAAACACGAGGAUACAUUACCCAUUAGAGCAGUGCGCUGCGCUCACACGGGACUUAUUUGUUUGCUCACCGCUAGAGUUUAUUUAUUUUUUAGUUCUGGUGUGCGUAAAAGGCGCAGCAAAGUCUCGUCCCCCUCCGAACAGCACUGGAGACUAGACAGAUUUUUUCCAGGGGGGAGUGAACUGAAAACUUGGGUGCUUUCUUGCUGCUACUUCUUAUUUUUUUUUCACCCUGCCAUGGGAGACAUGAAGGAAGAUGAUCUUUGAUGGACACGGAGGUGUCAGGAGCUGGCCGAAUCCCCUCGUAAUUUUUCUGCUCGUUGUCGAAGCCGAUCCAGACAUUAAGUCCAAAAAAAGAGCAGCCACUUUCAAAGAAGACAUUUUCAGCUCCGACAUCGAAAACUCCUUCCCCCGAAAAAACGGGAUGAUUUUUCAAAACUGAUAGACUUUGAUUUGAUCUAAUUCCUGCAUGAGAAGCACCGUGGAAAGUGACGGUCACUAUGCCGAGGAGAAAGCAGCAAGAGCCGCGGCGAUCAGCAGCGUACAUGCCCGAAGACGAGCUUAAGGUUGGCGGUCAAGAUGAGGAAGAGCACCUGCAGGACGACGGCCUCUCCUUAGACGGCCAGGACAAUGAGUUCCUGUGCAACGAGGAAGAGGAAGAUGCAGAUGCAGAUGCAGAUGCAGAUGCAGAUGCAGAUGCAGAAGGAGGCCAGCCGCCUAGCUACAGAGACUCUCCACUCAGCAAUGGCACUAACCCUGAUGCUGGAUACGGGUCUCCACUCAGCGAUGCCAGCGACAGACUUACGGACUUCAAGAGCACCUCUUCCAGGGACGGUCAGGAGAGGGAAAGCACGGCUCUGCCCUUCCGCCCCAACAACGGCCUCUCUUUCCAGGAUAGCCUGGCACAGAUGAAAGCCGUCUAUGCAAACCUCAUCUCAGAUGCCUCUUGGUCCAGCAUCACAAUGGACAUCAUGAAAGCUAAGCCUGCAGCAGCUGGCAGUGUCAACAGUGCCAUCCCUACUCCCGAGCCAACCCCUACUGCUUCUGUCUCCAUAACAACAACCGCAAACAAGAGCAGUGGGGUAAACAUGGCGACCAGUCACCAUAAUGGUAGGAGCUCCAGCACCACUGUCAACCACACAGGCAGCACGAGUGGCAAUACCAAUGGCACAGCAGCUUGCUCUGUUAGCAGCCACAGUGCAACCAGCAGCAGCAGUGGUGGGGCCAGCAAUGGUGGUGUAGCUUAUGACUGGCACCAGGCAGCACUUGCUAAAACUUUUCAGCAGACUCCUUAUCACCUAUUACCAGAGCCCAGCCUCUUCAGCACAGUGCAGCUCUACCGGCAGAACAACAAGCUGUAUGGCUCUGUUUUCACGGGUGCAAGCAAGUUUCGCUGCAAAGACUGUAGCGCUGCUUAUGACACACUGGUGGGUUUGACGGUCCACAUGAAUGAGACAGGCCACUACCGAGAUGACAACAAGGACAAAGAGGAGGAGCAUGGAAAGCGUUGGUCUAAACCUCGCAAGCGCUCCCUGAUGGAGAUGGAGGGAAAAGAGGAUGCGCAGAAGGUCCUGAAGUGCAUGUACUGUGGCCACUCAUUUGAAUCUCUUCAAGAUCUCAGCGUCCAUAUGAUCAAGACCAAGCAUUACCAGAAAGUGCCUCUCAAAGAACCAGUGCCAGCCUUGGCCACUAAACUGGUGUCCUCUUCAGCUAAGAAACGAGCUAUCCAAGAUGCUAUAGUCUCUCCAUGCUCCCCAGACUCUUUACAUGCUGGUGGUGGUGGCGGUAGUGUAGCUCUCGGGGAUGUUGGCAAAGACUCAAAAGCUGCAGCUAACCCAUAUGUUACGCCAAACAACCGCUAUGGUUACCAGAAUGGUGCCAGCUAUACAUGGCAGUUUGAGGCUCGUAAAGCCCAGAUCCUCAAAUGCAUGGAGUGUGGGAGCUCUCAUGAUACACUGCAGCAGCUGACUGCCCACAUGAUGGUCACAGGUCACUUCUUGAAGGUUACAAAUUCAGCAUCCAAGAAGGGCAAGCAGCUUGUUUUUGACCCGGUGGUGGAGGAGAAGAUUCAGUCUAUCCCACUGCCACCCACCACCACUAGACUCCCUGUUCCCCCUAGUGUCAAGUCCCAGCCAGUGUCCCCUGCUCUCUCCUCUGCUUCAGAGGAAAAGAGGGACAUGGCUGAGGAUGAAAAGGUUGAAGGUGGGGAGCUACUGGAGAGAAAAAUCAAGGAGGAGAGAGAUGACUCGGGUGAGAAGUCUGAGAGUGACACCACGUCAUAUAAAUACCUUAGAGAGGAAGAUUUGGAGGAGGCACCCAAAGAGGGUUUAGAUAUUCUUAAAUCCCUGGAGAACACUGUAUCCAGUGCCAUUAGCAAGGCCCAGACAGGCACGCCCACAUGGGGUGGCUAUCCUAGCAUCCAUGCAGCCUACCAGCUGCAGGGUGCCAUGAAGAGCUCCGCUACAAUUCUACCCCCAAUGGUCCAGAGUGUCCAGAUGCAGCCCAUGUUUAAUAGUGGGCUACGAGGCUUAGUGGGUGACCCCAACUCGGUCCUCCACUCACCUCGCAGUCCUUCCUCCCCCACCCCCCUCAGGAGUAAUGUCACUGCCAUGGAGGAGCUAGUGGAGAAAGUGACAGGUAAAUCUGCCACUGUGAAGAAGGAAAAGGAGGAGAAGAUGGUCAGUCUGGAACGAUGCCGGGCCUCAUCUUUAGUCAAAUCCCCCUCUCCUGUGCUGAGAGAGCAGAGAGAGCAUUUAGCAUCUCCAAAUGACCUUUCUGUAGGUAAACCAUCUGGUAUGAGAAGUAGCAGCCCAGGCAGUGUAGAUUCAGAGCUCAUCUGCAAGAAGGAGCCUAAAGAGAGCCUAGUAGACGGACACAACAGCCAUUCAAAGAACGGCUCUGAGGCCUGCCAGUCCCCUGUAACUAAUGGCAACAGUCUUGGUAUCAUCACUGAUCACUCACCAGAAAGUCCUUUCAUCAACCCUCUCAGCGCACUCCAGUCAAUCAUGAACACACACCUGGGUAAAGCCUCCAAAUCUGUAAGUCCAGCUGCAGAUCCACUAUCCAUGCUCUACAAGAUCAGCAACAGCAUGAUAGAUAAGCCAGCUUUCAACCCAACUCCUCAGGGCAAGCCGGCUGAGCCUGUCAACCACUAUCAGUUGUAUGAAAACAGUGACCAGCCCAUAGACCUUAGUAAAAAUAAGUCCUCCCCUAACACCAACAAUAACAACAAUAACAACAGUAAUGUGCUCCUGACCAACAAUAGUGUAAAUGGUAACAAACCCCUCAUUUCCCUCCCUGACUCAGUGUCUUCUCCCCUGAGAGAGAAUGCUCUGAUGGACAUUUCAGAUAUGGUCAAAAACCUCACUGGAAGACUGACGCCCAAAUCCUCAACCCCCUCCUCCAUCUCGGAGAAGUCGGAUGCUGAUGGCAGUGCGUUUGAGGAUGCCCUGGAGGAUCUCUCCCCGGUGCAAAAAAGGAAAGGGAGGCAAUCCAACUGGAAUCCCCAGCACCUGCUCAUCCUCCAGGCACAGUUUGCCUCCAGCCUGAGGGAGACCUCUGAAGGCCGCUACGCCAUGACUGACCUGGGCCCCCAGGAAAGGGUCCACAUAUGUAAGUUCACAGGCCUCUCCAUGACUACCAUAUCCCACUGGCUGGCUAAUGUGAAGUACCAGCUGAGACGGACUGGGGGCACCAAGUUUCUCAAGAACAUGGACUCGUGCCAGCCCGUGUUCCUUUGUGGUGACUGUGCCUCCCAGUUCAGGACUCCCUCCGCCUACAUUGGCCACCUGGAGUCUCACCUGGGCUUCAGCUUGAAGGACCUGUCCAAGCUGUCAGCUGAGCACCUACGGGAGCAGCAGGCUGCCUCAAAGGUGAUCACAGACAAAAUGACAUUCGGCAGCCCCCUGUCAGCCUUGACCACGCCAGAGGACGACACAGGCUCUGUGUACCAGUGCAGACUUUGCAAUCGGACAUUCGUCAGCAAACACGCAGUCAAACUGCACCUCAGCAAGACCCAUGGCAAGUCUCCAGAGGACCACCUGGUGUUUGUCACAGCUUUGGAGAAACUGGAGAAGCUAGACAAGAUGGAGAAAGUUUAAGAAAGGUCUUGAGCUGAGGUUAGAGACUGACAGCUGUGGAACUGAUUAGAAUUUCAUUGCACUAAAUGACAUUGUUCACAGUUACUGCACUGGGCCGAACUGAGCCGCCAGAAAAAAAUCGGUCUUAUUUUUUUUGUUGUGAUAACUGCCUGACUGGACCAUGUCUUUUCAUGUUGAUUUGUUUUCGUUUUGCCAAGCUUUUUUACACUUAUUUUGUAAUAUAUUUAUAUGCUAUUUGUCUGAUCUGUGCAUGUAUUUUAGUGAAUCAAGGUUAAACACAAGAUUUUAAUCUUUUCAUGGCAAAAAUACAACUACUGCUUCAAUGGUGAAAGUGGUGAGUGGAAAGAGAAUUGGUAGAAGAGAAAACUGUAUAAUACUUGAUAUGAAGAAGGUGAAAAUUAAAUGUAUACACCAAAAGAAUGAAAGAAUACCCUGAAAGACUGAAGUAGCACCUUAGAGAGAUGAAUUUUGAAUUUGUAAAGAGAACAUGUUUUGAAGUAUCUUUCAAUAGCAUUUGUCAAAAUCAGAUUGAUUUUAAGAGAUCAAAGUUUAUCAUUUCCCCCCCUCUCCUUUUUUGGUUCCUGUCACUGCAAUGUUUUGAUGAUGAAUGGCCUGCAAAUAAAUCUGUCAGCGUAAUAGAAAAAAGACCAUGUGAACAUUUCGAAAAACUGAAAUGCUGCUUCUGGUUACGAGUCAAUCAGUGAAAAUGAAUGGCCGUCAGUAUGCAAGUUUGCUCAAAAGAUCUUUUCCUUGUUGUGAAGUAUCACCUUAUAGCAAUUUUCCAGUUGUAUGGUUUGUUACAACUUUCUCUUUCUAAAUUGUGUCGCUUUAUUCAACUGUAAAGAGAACAGUCCGUUACAUGUAAAUGAUUACCAGUGAAAUGUCAGUACUCCAUAAGACAUAUCUUACCAUUUGAAACGGCUCAACAUUCUUUGUAUCUUAAGGUGUGUGCAUUCUCUAACUUUUAUAUUGUCAUUUUAUAUACAAAAAUGAUAAAAAAUAAAAACAGAUGGUGUAUAUAGAUAUAUGCUGUAGAGCUACAAAAUGUCCUUUUUUAAAGAAAAUACAAAUUUAGCUUCUUUGGCUUGGUUUACAGAAAUGAUUUUAAUUAUACUUGCAUCCAAUUUGAUGCAUGAAAUGGUGUGGAAAAUAAAUAAGCGAUGCACAAUGACUAUACAUUUCAAUGUUUUAUCGACAAUAUUGUAAAAAAAAGUUUUUAGCACCAAUUAGUUUGUUUCAUUUCUUUCUCAAUUGUAAAAUAAACCCCAAAGCAGUUGUUAACAGUCA